GAAUUGAGAAUUAUCAAGUAGUUUAUACAUAGUAUAAAGGAAUGAUUCUUAAUUAAAAUGGAAUACUAGAAUUGCAUCUUAGGAUUUCAUAGGUCACACACCUUCUUCCCCUUCAAAAAUCAAACGACAAUAUAGACUGUACUAAGGCAAUUCCUCUAGCUUCCCGGGUUCGAGGACUGAUCCAUGAAAAUGGGGUUUGAUUUGGAAGAAUUUCAACCCAUUUUCGGCGAAGCAAAACCUGAGUUUGAAGCUUCUGCUACCUUUAAUGGCGAUGGAGUUCCGGCUUUGAACCCAUUUUUGUUCAGGGUUUUUGCAGUUGACUCCUCUCACCUCGCUUUUCAUGUCACUGAUUUUCGUUCCUACACUUGGGAGGCUCUUCGCUCUGUUCACCAACUCGAUGACAUGAGAGAUAGCAUAGGCAUCAGUGGUUCCUGUUCCGACUUUAUGAAUUAUGUAAUUGCUUCUUUAAAAUCAAAAGAUGUGAAGCUUAUUAUGGAUUGGCAGCCUAAAUUAAGUGGGGUUACAUCUGCAAAGUUGAUUGCUCGUAAAACUAAAGGAAUGCCCUUAAUAUCUAUUUCACUUACUAAGCUUGGACCUUCUUCUGCAAGUGGAGUUGUGGAAAAUCUGUCGUUGGAGCUCUACAAGGCAUACAAUAUCCUGCAAGAUUCUUUUGUAAAAGAGCAAGAGCGCUGCUGUCAAUUGACCCAGAUGAUUUCUGCAGAAAAGGAAAAGAGCCAAGCAAUUAAGAGGAAGCUUGAUAUGAUGCAGUCGGACCAACAAAGGCUACAGAAAACAACAGGGAGUGGGAAUAUAGUUUCUCCUAUGUACUCUGACUCUUCAUCUGUUACUGCUGCACUGAAUUCCUCAGAUAAACAGGCUGUUGCUGAAGGCAAAUCUGCUAAAGUUGUUCAUCGUGUUGUACCUGCAUACCGCAGAGCCAAAAACAGAGGAGCUGUCCUUUGUGACACUGAAGAGGAAGAAAAGAGCUAAUUGUUGUUUGGCGAAUGAGGUUUUAGAAAAUAGCAGUAGUGUUUUGUAGCUAAAUUUUUUUUUUGUUACCGAAGCCUGAUAACAAGAAGUUGGUCUUUUUGGGAGUUGAAUGACGACGAAUGUACAGUCUCUUGAAAGUAUGACAACUUGCCUCUCCAUAUAAAGCUGUUUCCAGAGGAACAAAAAGAAGAAAUACAUUAGGAUGUUUAGGUUCAUGGAAUGUGUUUAUUGUUUAAUUGGCUUUGUAUAUAUGCUGAUUGCACUUAAUUCAGCUCUGUUAACAACUUGUCUUAUCAAAGAACCGAAAUGUGUAUUCUUGUACUCAAAACUUCAAAAGGUACAAAUUGAUCUCUACAUUACUUAGUAUUAGGACUUAGGUGAAGCUUUGUAACAAUUUGUAUACUCUUUUUUUAGUUCAAUCUUUGAUGAAUUCCUUGGGAUGUA